AUGGAAAUCGCUGAGGACAACAGUAAGGACGCCUUUUGUGAUGAACUCAAUGCGCUGAUGUCUAAAAUACCAUGCCGGCAGGUGGUCAUUGUCGGAACCGACGCAAAUGCGAAGAUGGGACUCGAACAGCAAUCCGAUGUGCUAGGAAAAUGGUACUAUGCAGCGGAGCGCUCGUCGGACAACGGUGACCGUCUGGUCGACUUGUGCGAACAGACGUGCCUCAUCAUCGCUUCCAUGUUUGAGAGGAAUCAUCGACUCCAUCAGCUCACGUGGCAGGGGUCAACCCUUUUAAUGCCUGAAGAGCAGCGCAAGCGGAAAAUGAGGACUCUUAAGCUUCACCUCGGGCGUUCUGGCGAGGAACAUUCCUCAGUCAGAUAUCCGAAAAUCUAG